CAGCGUUUUGCGUCACUGUUGUUUUAUUUAAUAUGUACUUCAGCUUCAAACAAGCCGUCUCUGCUUUUCAGCGAUUUAUAAAGUUUCUGUACCGUUGACAGUGAAUCCACCUUCUUGAGUUCGGCUCAGUAAGUGUUAAAGUAAACUCUAGAUCAACGAAAGCUAGCAGAUGUGGAGACAGCAGGCUAACAACGACUGGAAGCAGCAGCUGAAUAAUGUCGGGGUUUCUGGACAAAACAGGCCCAGAUUUUGAAGAGAAACGGUCUCGUUAAAAAAAAAAAAAAAUGCAACAAAACAAAAUCCUGGAUCCCGGAGUUCGUCUGAACAGAUUAGUGUUCCCUGCAGAUGUUCAGCAGACAGAGAUGAUUAAAGAAGAAGCUCCUGAAGAAUGGAGUUUUGGUGUGGACCAGAAGGACCCAGAGACCCUCAUAAAGGAGGAAGAGGAGGAACUGAGGACCAGUCUGGAUGUAGAGCAGCUCAGUGUGAAGGAGGAGACUGAUGACACCAGGUUCUCCUUCACUGCAUUUCAUUUGAAGAGUGAGGAUGAUGAAGAGAAACCUCUGUUCUCUCAGCUUCAUCAGCAUCAAGUGGAAGAUGGAGAUCUUCCAACCAGCAGCUCAGCUGACCAGAUGAAAGCAGCAACUGGUGGAGAAGAUUGUGUUCAACUCUGCAGAUUAGUGUUCCCUGCAGAUGUUCAGCAAACGGUGCUGAUUAAAGAAGCUCCUGAAGAAUGGAGUUCUGGUGUGGAUCAAAAGGACCCAGAGACCCUAAACAUAAAGGAAGAAAAGGAGGAAAUGAGGAUCAGUCUGGAUGUAGAACAGCUCAGUGUGAAGGAAGAGACUGAUGACACCAGGUUCACCUUCACUGCAGUUCCGUUGAAGAGUGAGGAUGAUGAAUUGACACCUCUGCUCUCUCAGCUUCAUCGGCAUCAAGUGGAAGAUGGAGAUCUUCCGACCAGCAGCUCAAGUGACCAGAUGAGUGCAUCAAGUGGUGGAGAAGAUUGUGGAGGAGCAGACACUACCAGAAACCCAUAUCUACAUACUAAUGAAGAUUAUUCCAGCUCUUCAGAGACUGAUGUCAGUGAGAAUGAUGAUGAAGAUGUAAAUGAUCCUGACACUCUGAUUAAAGAAUCAUUGGACUCUGGAUCAGAACCUGAAGAUGGUGUCAAAGACUGGAAGGAGAGCAGGACUCCUGAGUCUGGUGUAAACACUAUCAACAAAUCUUGCAGCUUCUCUGAGUGUGAGAAACUAUUUCUCCACAAGGAGUCUGUUCAGAGAAACAAGACAGAAAAGAUAAUCUAA